AUGUUGACAUUCAAGCUUUUGACCGCCUUGUUGGCGCCAGGUGUGCUAUCAGCUGCUUUGCACCCUCGCCAGGAGGCUGAUCUCGAUGCAUUUAUCAAGUCGGAGUCUACUCUUGCUCUUAAGUCCAUCCUGAACAACAUUGGUUCCGAUGGGUCUGCUGUUUCUGGAGCGGGUGCCGGAAUUGUGAUAGCAUCCCCAUCUAAAUCGGACCCCGAUUACUUUUAUACCUGGACUCGUGAUGCAGCCUUAACAUUGAAGGUGUUGGUUGAUGAUUUCCUUGCUGGAGAAACCUCACUGGAAUCUACCAUCCAGGACUACAUCACUGCCCAAGCGAAGCUACAGGCCGUGUCUAACCCAUCCGGUGACUUGUCCGAUGGAGAAGGCCUUGCAGAGCCCAAGUACCAAGCAGACGCGACUGCCUUCACGGAGGAAUGGGGACGUCCUCAGCGCGAUGGACCCGGCCUGCGAGCGACAGCCAUGAUUGGCUAUGGUAACCAGUUGAUUGCGGAUAAAAAUGAGGAUCUCGCCAAGUCGAACAUCUGGCCCAGCGUAAAAAACGAUCUCAACUACGUUGCGCAAUACUGGAACCAAACCGGAUUCGACCUGUGGGAGGAGGUCGAGGGCUCCUCAUUCUUCACCAUUGCUGCACAACACCGCGCGUUGGUCGAGGGCAGCGCAUUUGCCAAGGCGCUGGGAGAGACUUGCGAGGGGUGUGAUUCCCAGGCACCUCAGAUCUUGUGCUACCUUCAGACAUUCUGGAAUGGCAAAUCUAUUGUUUCCAACGUGGCUAACAAUGGCCGAACCGGUCUCGAUGCAAACUCCGUGCUUGCUUCACUCGUACUGUUCGACCCCAAGGCUGAGUGCGAUGACGCUACCUUCCAGCCCUGCUCUGCUCGGGCUCUAUCCAACCACAAGGAAUACGUUGACUCGUUCCGUUCGAUCUAUGGCGUGAAUAGCGACAAGAAGGCUGGAGCUGCCGCUGCUGUUGGACGUUAUGCCGAAGACACUUACAUGGGCGGCAACCCAUGGUAUUUGACAACAUCGGCGGCCGCCGAGCAGUUGUAUGAUGCUCUUUACCAGUGGAAGCAACAAAAGUCGCUGUCCAUCACCGAGCUCAGUCUUCCUUUCUUCAAGGAUCUGGAAUCGUCUGCCGCCGUCGGAGACUAUGCCAGCGAUUCGGACACUUACACCACCCUCACUGCCGCGGUCAAGAAAUACGCCGAUGGAUUCAUGUCCAUCGUUCAGAAGUACGCGCCCGAAGGAGGAGCCCUGGCCGAGCAAUUCACUCGGGAUGACGGCGCCCCGGCCUCUGCUAAAGACUUGACCUGGUCCUAUGCGGCGUUUUUGACUGCUGCCGAGCGUCGGGCUGGAACAGUGCCCCCUACCUGGGGCGCGUCAGGUUCCAAGGUGGCCGAGACAUGUGAGGGAAGCUCUGCCAAGGGCAGCUACGAGGCACCGGGAGCUGUCUCGUGGUAA